CCACAGCUGGAGUUCUGGUACAAAUACACCAAUCUGGACCCAUGUUGGUCAAACCCUUGUCUGAACGGAGGGAUCUGCUCUCUAGACCGAGGAGACUUCCUGUGUCUCUGUCCUCCUCAGUUCCAUGGAAAGACCUGCGAAUCAGAGUUGUUGCAGUGUCGCUAUAGAAACGGAGGCUGUUUGCAGUACUGUCGGGACCAGACAGGGGGCGCUGGAGUUCAAUGUGGUUGUGCUGACGGAUUCGAACUGGAGCCUGAUGGACAGAGCUGCUCAAAGACUGUUUUGUUCCCCUGUGGUCGCGAGCAGGUCGCAGCAUGGCAUCGAGGACGCUCUCUGUGGGACAACAUCACCGCAGAGACAGAAGACGACGUCACACACAGCUGGGACGUCAGAGUGAAUUUAACAGAGAGUCAAGAGAUGAACGUGACGUCCACAAACACCACAGCUGGAAGGAGGGAGGGGCGAGGAGGGGGGCUAGGGCUACGUAUUGUGGGCGGGUCUCUGGGAAAAAGUCCAUGGCAGGUUCUGAUCCGCAGGUCUGAUGGUCUCGGGUUCUGUGGAGGAACUCUGGUUUCUGAUCGAUGGGUCGUCUCCGCUGCUCACUGCUUCGAAGAGUCUGCAGACCAUGUUACUAUAGGUGUGUGUGUGUGUGUAUGA